AUGACUUGGGUAGAAGGGGAGAAGCCUCGAGGACUCCCUCAACUGAGCUUUCCGAAAAAAGAACUCCAACUACCCACACGUGCUUCUUCGGGCUGCAGCCUGGCAGCCCCUGCGCUCCCGAGGCCUAGAAGUACUGAGUGGCUACGAGGUCCGGGUGUGAAUGCUACUUGGGAUUUGCAAUCGAACAUCUCUUACAAAAGACCUUGGAAAACGAGAUGCGCCCGCAAAAGGUCCAAAGGGUUUGCAAAACCGCAGGUGUUUUUCACCCAGCGAAGCAUGAUCUAUGAAUCUAUAGCUGGAGUUGUUCUUCAAUCAUUAAGUCAGCUCCCGGAGCCAUAA